AUGGCUGACGCUCUUGGUAGACGAGUACGGACAUUAACAGAGAAAGGCCAAACCAUGUUUCAAGAACAGUGUAAAAAACUAAAGGGAAAAGUGGACAGAGCAUGGAAUGAAGUAGAGGAUGUCUUAGUAACUUCAGGCUCGUGUGAAAAAGACUUCAGAAAAAUAAGGGAAGUAGAACGCUUACUCAAUGUGAAAUUUAAAGAAUUUUGUAUUGUCUCAGAAGAUUACAAGAAAUGUCUUGAUUCUCAAAACACUGAAGAUGCUCGCAAUAUGUGGAAAGAAUUUGAUAUGUUUGUGAACAAGUGUAUUUCAAUAGUGAAGAAAACAAGUAAUGAACUUGAAACAACAAAAUUUGAAUUACUGGAAACAUUAUCUCAUGUGUCAAGUUCGAGCAGUCUUCAGAGAGCUAAAGCACAAGCUGAAAAGGCCAAACUAGAACUUAUUAAAAAAGAGGGUGAACUUUUAAAACAAAAGACCGACAUUGAAACAAAAAUAAGCAUUGUUCGACAAGAAAAAGAAAUUCUCUCAGCGGAAGCAGAUUUAUCAGAAGAACAUAAAAUAGAUCUUCCAGUUUCUACAAAAGAACAAUUGACCAGUGCUUAUAUAAUGAACCAUCAUUCUGCAAAUACUGGUAUUGACAACGUUCAACAAAAUCAACCAAGCUUUGAACAAAACCCAUCAAACACAAUACACAACCCACCCAUCAGUGUGUAUAAUCCUGCGAGUGUCUAUCAACUUCCUGUCUCUCAAACUUCAGCUAUGUAUGUGCCUCCAAAUUCUGUGCCACAAAUGUUUAUUCCUUCAAAUCCAGCGCCGCCAUUGUUUAUACCUCCUAAUCCUGCUCCUCAAGUGGUGUCUAAUACUUCAGCAAUAACCGACUUUUCUAAGUUUCUGUUGCGCAAGGAUUUUCUCCUCACAAGAUUCACAAACUUUGAUGAUCGCCCAGAAAGUUUCAAUUCUUGGACUUCUUCAUUCCGCAGCAUUGUAUCAGAACUUGGAGUCACACCAUUUGAGGAAAUGGAUUUACUCGUGAAAUGGCUGGGCCCAGAAUCGUCAAAGUUUGCACGUACACUACGCUCAGCAAAUACCCACGAUCCACGUCUGGGAUUGAAACGCAUAUGGGAUAGACUGCAUGACAGAUAUGGAAGACCAGAGAUGGUUGAACAAACUCUUAAAAGGAAAGUACACUUGUUUCCAAACCUCACAAAUAGAGAUCAUGCCAAAUUAUAUGAUCUAGUGGACAUUCUUACAGAAAUUGAAUCUGCUAUGGCAAAUCCACAGUAUAACCUUCUUCUCAGCUACUUCAACUCUUCCACUGGAGUUCUACCGAUAGUAAGCAAGCUACCAACAUCUCUACAAGAUAAGUGGACUACUCAAGCUGCUGGAUAUAAGAAACGGAACUGUGUACCAUUUCCCCCAUUUUCAUACUUUGUCAAUUUCAUCCGUGAAAUAUGUGAUAUGCGUAAUGACCCAGGACUUAUUUGUCAACAGUCCACAAACCCACAGGUAGCGUACAGCAAGCCUAGAUCUACUGGCAAUGUCACCUCUCGUAAAGCUGAAAUUUCGUCACUAACACCGCCAACUCGUUGCCCCAUACACAAUGCUGGACAUACACUGAAUGAAUGCCGUGGCUUCAAAAGAAAAUCACUACAAGAACGUCAAAGGAUUCUAUGUGAGAAGAAUUUGUGUUUCCGGUGUUGUGCUUCACAGAGUCAUAUGUCUAAAAACUGUACGGCAGACAUAAAAUGUGAUAUAUGUGGUAAUUCUCGUCAUGUCACAGCAAUGCAUAUUGAUCGUCGUCCUCAAAGACCUCUGUCACACACGGCCGUAACCACAGUCAAAACUACUUCGGACAAUGGCGGGGAGCCAUCUCCAGAAAAUGAUGAAACAGUGAAAUCGUGUUGUACUCAGCUGUGUGGAAAUUCUGUUGGUGGACGUUCAUGUGGAAAAAUAGUUCUGGUGGAGGUGUUUUCUACUUUAAACCCAGAGAAAACAAUUCGUACAUAUGCUACAAUCGAUGACCAAAGUAACCGUACUUUAGUGUCUCCUAACUUGAUCGAACAACUUGGUGUUUCGGGAGACUGUAAGUCCUACACACUUACCUCAUGCUCUGGUGUAUCUACAUUCAAUGGACGCCGUGUGAAUGGAUUGUGUGUGAAAUCCUUAGAUGGAACAUCAUUUAACUUACCUGAAGUUAUUGAAUGUGAUUCAAUUCCAAGUGAUUAUCUUGAAAUACCUACUUCAGAUGUCGCUGAUUCAUAUCCGCAUCUACAACGCAUUGCAUCGUUCUUACCACCCUUUGAUCGUACAUUUAAUGUUGAACUCCUUAUUGGACGUGACUUACCUGAUGUACAUCAUGUACAUGACCAAAUAACUGGUAGCAUAGGUCAGCCUUUUGCCCAACUUCUAUCAUUAGGAUGGGUUAUUAUUGGUGAAGUUUGUAUUGGAAAAGUUCAUCCCCCAAAGGAAGUAAAUGUAAACAAAACGCAUAUUCUCAAUGAUGGACGGUGUACCACCUUCCCAUUGUGUCAGAAUAACAUCAGUGUCAAGGACAGUGAUAACAGCAUAUUCUUACAAACUCCAUUUGACAACAAGAUUGGACUUUCUGUUGAUGACCGCAAAUUUCUCACUCUCAUGGAUGAAGAGUUUCAUAAGGAUGCUGAAGGCUAUUGGUCUGCACCACUCCCUUUUAAAGAUUCUAAACCAGCGAUGCCAAACAAUUAUUCACAGGCCUGGAAACGUGCUUUGAUCCUCAACUCAAGUCUGCAGAGAGAUCCUCACAGAAGAGAACACUUUUUUGCAUUCAUGUCAAAAGUUUUAGCAAGCGGGGCAGCCGAAGUUGCCCCAUCCGACAUACCCGGGGAAUGCUGGUACUUACCUCUUUUUGGGGUGUACAAUUCUAAAAAGCCGGAUCAAAUCCGAGGAGUUUUCGAUUCAUCUACUGUGUACAAGGACAUUUCAUUGAACAGUGUGUUAAUGUCUGGACCAGACUUAACAAACAACCUUGUGGGAAUCCUCAUGCGUUUCCGUGAGAAUGCAAUAGCGAUCAGUGGUGACAUUCAGCAGAUGUUUUAUGCAUUCCGUGUUCAUGAAAAACACCGUGAUUAUCUCAGGUUCUUCUGGUAUGAAGAUAAUGACUUUCAAAAACCUCUGAUACAAUAUCGUAUGAAAGCACACGUAUUUGGAAAUACACCAUCUCCAGCUGUGUUAACUUACGGACUUCAUAAAGCAUCAGCUGUCGGUGAUUGUGAUGUUCGUAAAUUUGUUUACAAUAAUUUUUACGUUGACGAUGGACUUACCUCCCUUCCCACUGAAGCUGAAGCAGUGACCCUUAUGAAGAAAACACAAGCAGCACUAAAAGAAAACGGAAAUAUUCGUCUUCAUAAAAUCAUCUCAAACAGUGUAAACGUGAUGAAAUCAUUCCCUACAGAUGACUUAGGAAGUGACCUUAAAGAACUGAAUCAUAGUACAGACAUGUGCAACUUACCUGUUCAACACAGUUUAGGAAUGUUGUGGGACUUGAACAGUGAUAUGUUUGUGUUCAAAAUCUCUAAUGCAGAAAAACCUUGUACCCGAAGAGGUCUUUUAUCUACACUGAACAGUGUGUUUGAUCCAGUUGGAUUUAUUUCUCCAGCAACCAUCAGUGGAAAAAUUCUGCAUCGUGAACUUGUACCUCCUGGAUGUGACUGGGAUGAACCACUCUCAGAGGAACACGUGAAAAAAUGGCAAAACUGGCUUGAUUCUUUACACUCUAUUAACGACUAUAGAGUUCCGAGAAUGAUCGUAUCUACUUCCAUAUCUCAGGCACAUUGUUUGGAUGUCCAUGUGUUCUCUGAUGCAUCAGAACAUGCCGUUUCUGCCGUUGCAUAUCUCCGAGUCAUUGACAGAGUGGGAGAAGUUUCUAUUGGAUUCCUUAUGGGAAAAUCAAAGCUGGCACCUCUUAAAGGUCACACCAUACCAAGACUGGAAUUAUGUGCCGCCGUCCUGGCCACAGAGGUAGGAGAAGCAGUAUGUGACUAUUUGAACAUUCCACAAGAUCGGUUUCAUUACUAUAGUGAUAGCAGAAUUGUCUUAGGAUACAUUUGCAAUAACACCCGCAGAUUUUUUGUGUAUGUUUCGAACCGUGUAGAAAAAAUUCACAAAGUUACAUCUCCAUCUCAGUGGUCCUAUGUCUCAACAGAUAAAAACCCUGCAGAUAUAGCGACAAGAUAUUCACAUACAGCAUUGACCACAUCUUUACAAAACUGGAUAACGGGACCCCAAUGGUUGAGAAAUGUUCCAGAGGAAACCAAGACUGUUUAUCCCCUCAUCGAGCCAGAAAGUGACAGAGAAAUUCGUCAAGAAGUUGUUUCAGGCAAAACUCAAAUUUCAACUGAGAUUUUGGACUCGAGUCGUUUUUGUAAAUUUUCUACCUGGAAGAGUCUUGUGAAAGCCAUUUCAACUCUGAGACAUUUCAUUAGAAGUAAAACAAAAGUGAACUGUGAAACCAUUGAAGAACAACCAAAACUACACAAAGAAACAGAAAAAUUCAUCAUUCAACUGGUUCAACAAGAGCCUUACAGUAGAGAAAUUGAGAACCUAAAGAGUGAAAAACCUAUACCAAGAGACAGCAAAGUGUCAAGGCUAGACCCGUUCCUUGAUUCGUCAGGAGUUUUGCGUGUCGGCGGAAGGCUGAAGCGAAGUUCAGAAUUAUCGCUAGGAGAAAAGAAUCCAGUCCUUAUACCUAAUCAACACCAUAUUGCGAAACUUCUAGUGCUUCAUUAUCAUGAAAUAAUUCGUCAUCAAGGACGUCAUCUGACUGCUGGAGCUAUCAGAGCUGCAGGAUACUGGAUACCGAGCUGCAAACGACUGAUAUAUUCCAUUUUAUCUGGUUGUGUAAAAUGUCGUAGACUUCGUGGUAACUUUGUUUAUCAAAAGAUGGCAGACUUACCUGAGGAACGACUGGUUUCUUGCCCACCAUUUACUUAUGUUGGCGUCGACUACUUCGGACCCUGGAAUGUUGUCACCCGACGUACACGUGGUGGUUCUGUGAAUUCCAAACGAUGGGCUGUGUUGUUUACAUGUUUAUCAUGUCGUGGUGUCCAUAUUGAAGUGAUCGAAGAAAUGAGCACAUCUUCCUUUCACAUCAAUCAGAGGCAAGUGAAGGAAUUCUAUUCAGACAGAGGAACCAAUUUCAUUGGUGGAUCUAGAGAACUUGGAAUUGAUGCUAUUUUCGUGGAAGACCUCUCAAUGAAAUCCUUCCUAAAACAACAAGGAGCAGUUUGGAAGUUCAACACACCUUUCUCCUCUCAUAUGGGAGGCGCUUGGGAGCGCUUAAUUGGUGUUAUCAGACGGAUCAUUGAUUCCAUUCUACUAAAUGCUAAGUACACCAAACUUACUCAUGAAGUCCUAUGCACAUUUAUGGCUGAAAAGACAGCAAUAGUAAACGCACGUCCGUUGGUACCAGUAUCCACAGACCCAGAAACACCUUGCAUUUUGUCUCCAGCUGUUUUGCUUACGCAAAAAACCACAGAUUCUACAGAGGAUUUCAAACAUCUAUCUGUUCGUGAAAUUUAUACUUCCCAGUGGAAAUUCGUUCAGUGCCUAGCCGAGACAUUUUGGCGCCGAUGGAAGAGUGAGUACCUGCAGAGUCUUCAAGUGCGCAGAAAAUGGAAACAUACUGUAAAGAACGUUCGUAUUGGAGACAUUAUUCUCUUGAAGGACAAUGAAGCACAGCGCAACCACUGGCCGACUGGACUGGUAGAACGCGUUUUUCCUAGUGACGAUGGACUGGUGCGCAAACUUGAAGUUCGCAUUAUGAAAGAUGGGCAAUCGCGGACUUACGUUCGCCCAAUCUCAGAAAUUGUGUUUCUGUGCCAUUCAGAGUAA